CUAGAACUAGAUCCUUACUAAAGUAACGGAAAAUCCGGGACUUUUAUUUUGAUAAAGCGUCGUCGCGUCACGCAGUUCCGGCUUCAGCGUCGCUCUCAGCACCAUGACAACAGCAGGACGAGUGUGAGGAGCUGAGAUGUCUUGAGCUGCUCUGUUUUACCUCACAUUACUGGAGGAAAUCUUACAGGAUGUCUCUGUUCAAGGCUCGUGAUUGGUGGGCGUUGACGCUGGGCGAGGGGGAGGAGUUUGACCAGGGCUGUCUGUGUGUCGGGGAUGUGGAUAACAGUGGAAGUGGAUACGAUAAGAUAGUAGUGGGCAGUUUCAUGGGGAUGUUACGCAUCUUCUCUCCACACCCUGCUAAACCGGACGAGCAGACGGAAGCUGACGCGCAGCUGCUGGAGGUUCAGUUCCCUGAGCCCGUCAUUCAGGUGGAGCUGGGCAAGUUCGUCUCCUGUUCAGAGUUGCUCCAUCUGGCAGUGCUUUACCCCAGGAAGCUGUCCGUCUAUGCGGUGUCAGGUACUGCUGGUAAUGUUGAACAUGGUGACCAGUAUCAGCUGCGAUUGGUUUAUGAACACAACCUUCAGAGGACAGCCUGCAACAUGACGUAUGGCCCGUUUGGGGGGGUGACAGGUCAUCAUUUCAUCUGUAUCCAGUCCAUGGAUGGGAUGCUGAUGUUUUUCGAGCAGGAGAGUUAUGGUUUCGGUCGCUUCCUGCCGGGGUUCCUGUUGCCCGGCCCGCUCAGCUACUGUAUCCGCACAGACUCCUUCAUCACCGUCUCCUCCACACGGCAGGUGGAGUGCUACAGGUAUGAGACGCUGGCUGUGGCCACAGAUGCAGACACCCGACAAGACUCUGAUCAGCAGAGCAAGAGCUCAGGGAAGAGACUGACGGCUGACUGGACACUGGUGUUAGGAGAAGAGGCUCUAGAUAUCUGUGUGCCCAACACAUCUCCAGUGAUGUCCUCCAUCUUUGUUCUGGGGGAGAGAAACUUGUUUUGUCUCAAGGAUAAUGGUCAGAUCCGCUUCAUGAAGAAACUGGAGUUCAACCCCAGCUGUUUCCUGCCCUACGCAUCAGUUUCCGAGGGUUCCACCAACGUCCUGAUGUGUAACCAUAACAACAUGCUGCUGGUGUACCAGGAUAUGACGCUGAAGUGGGCGGCCCAGCUGUCCUGUGUGCCUGUGACCGUACGCGUCGCUAAUUUCCCGGAGCUGAGGGGUUUGGUGGUGACGCUGAGCUCUGACGGCCGGCUCCAGUGCUCGUACAUGGGCACGGACCCGUCCUUCUUCACCGCACCCAAAGUGGAGGCCCGUGAGGUCAACUAUGAUGAGGUGGACACAGAGAUGAAGGUGCUGCAGAAGGUUAUUCGCGAGGCCACCAGAACUCAAGACAUCCUCCCGAGGGCAGAGACAGAAGAAGAGCUCAGUCUGACCGCCGUCGUCUCGUCUAAGCUGGACGAAGUCUCGUGUGCUGUCAUGGCGGAGAUGAACGGCAUGCCUGUCCCCUCUGUCACAGUUCAGGUGAAGAUAAGGAGUCGUACUGUGGUGCAGAGCCCGAAGAUGACGGUGUGUGUUCAGCCUCCUCUAGCCGUCACACAGGACCAGUUCGUGCUGGACUCCAUGAGCAGUGGCUGUGAGUCAGUGGUGAGAUUCUCAGCGUUUCUGAACGGCCUCUAUCCUCCGGCGGAUAUGAGCGGAGACAUCGCUGUGUCCUACAGCUCGGCUACAGAGCUCAACCCCGCAGGAAUCCCUCGAGUGUCUCAGUGUAAAUUCGUCCUGCCUCUCCGGUUAGUGUGCUGCCCCUCCUCAGCUAUCAAGAAUGGCAAGUACAAGAUCACCAUGGACACCAACAAACCUCCCGUCAACCUCAGUGAUGUUUUCCCAGAUUUCUCUGAGAAGUCAGAGAAUAAUGACAGCAGUGCUUUGGGCUUCCAGCUCAUCACAGGCUCCAGGGUCAUUGUCCUUGCCUCCAAAACAUCCCAGCGUUACAGGAUCCAGAGCGAGAGCUUUGAGGACAUGUGGCUGGUGGCCAAGGAGCUGGUGCAGCGUUUCGACCGGCACUUCGCCUCCCUCGGAGUCAAAGACUUUCGAAACAGCUUCACUGGACCGGUUCCUCUGCUGGAGUACUUUGAGACAGUGGACCACCACUUUGAGCUCCGUGUGAAUGCACAGAAGUAUCAGGAUUUACUGUCAGAAAGAGCAGUCCAGUUUAGGGCCAUCCAGCGUCGUUUACUGACCCGCUUUAAAGACAAAACCCCAGGGCCACUACAAAACCUGGACACACUGAUGGAGGGAACCUACCGGCAAGUUAUAGCAUUAGCAGACGCAGCUGAAGACAACCGGGAGCGUUUGAUCCAGGCGUUUGUGCGUCUGCGGAGCGCCACUCACCUGCUCAUCCUGCUGCUGUCUCUGUGGCAGGGGCUCAGCUCAGAGCAGACCGCCAUCCUGGAGGCCACACUGCUGCCACUGCUGCAGGACACGCCACAACUGGGCUGGGAGGAGAGUGUGGAUGCAGCCGUCUCUCACCUCUUGAAAACAUGUCUGUCGCGCAGCCCCAAAGAUCAGGCCAUCAGCUUGAGCACCGGCCCGCUCACCAUCCCAAAAGACACGUCACGUCUGAAGAAACACAUCACGCUGCUCUGUGACCGCUUGGGCAAGGGUGGCCGUCUCUCUCUCUCCUCAGAAGCCAAUGUCCCUACAACCGUUAUGAUGCCAGCUGGUUGUGAGUCCAUCCCUGAGCCGAUAGUGGAGCAGGAGGAGGAAGCACCGCUGCCGCAGGACUCUGCUAAGUUCAUUAAGAAGAAACAGCCAUCAAAGAGAGUCAAGAGCAAGUCAGAUUCAUCUAAAGAAUCGUCCAAAGAGAAGAAGGAGAAAGACUCAGGAAAAGAUUCCACAAAAGAAACCAAGAAAGACUCUGGCAAAGAGAAGGAGUCUAAGGUGUCCAAAAGAGAGUCUACAAAAGAGUCAAAGGAACCCUCAAAAGAGUCCUCGAAGGACAAGGAGUCCACCAGAGAGAAAGAGUCAGCAAAGGAGUCUGGGAAGGAGAAGACCAAGGUGUCCAGGAAGUCCUCGGUGAAGGUCAAAGAGAAGAAGUCCGAGGCAGGAGACAGCUAAAUGCGCUGAUAAAGCUCUCGUGAUGUUAGUCGCUGCAGAGGUUAAUGCCUCAUCCUGAGCUUUCUGCUGUAGUUCUAGAGUUGAUAGCAUAGUGGCAGCAAAACCAUCCAAAAAGUAAUGUUUUCACCCAAGUGGACAUGUAGGAGGAGUUUAUAUUCAGCAUGUAGUGUGUGUGUCCCUGCGGGACGUCUGAUGACGGGCUCCACGCCCCGCUGAGACGUCUGAGGAGCACUGCUCUUAUCUCUGUCUGCUGCGACAAUCUCAACUCCACUGGCUCUUUACAUUCCUGGAUGUGAACUGAGGUAGAAAACAUGAUGCAGAAAAUAUUGAAAUAUUUUAAGGAACUUCAAUUAAAAUAGAAUGAAACUCAAAUGGAUGUGUAGUUUUUAAUUAUACAUUUCAUUUCUCAGAAUGAAAUACCCACAUGCAUGUUAUCAAACAUAUACUUUUGAUAACAUGCUGUCAUUUCAUGGAAAAUGGUGGAAGAACGCUUCAUUUCUACAGUGGAGCCAAACAUGAAAAGUACAACUUCUGUUGGAUUACUGUAAUUCCUGUGUUAGUUUUCUGAGGCUGUGUUCACACUUGACUAAAACGGACUCUGGUGUGAUUGUUCUGUCAGUGCGGCUCAUGUGAAUAAUUGUGAACGCUGCCAUCUGAACUAAACUAGCGGACCAGAAAAGGAGGGUCUCAAUCCACUUCCAAAUGAGCUCUGGUGCGGUUCGACUGAAAUAUGAGCAGAACACGGACCAAAGACAUCUAAACCAACCCAAAACAGGAUGUGAUGUCAUAAGAUGUGACCUUAAAAAGCUCAGAAUGCUCAAGAUUAGCUGUUUUUUCUCGUUAUAGUCAUGAUGUUGUCCAUUAUAGUUCAGUACAGGUGUCAGAAACGCCGUCUCCUCACAGCAGAUCUUUGUUUGUUCAAAUCUUUACACAUUUUAUAAGAUCUUUAUGAGUUCUCAUCUGGUAAAAUACCAUCAUAUGAACACAUAAAACGUUUAGCCCAGAACACUGCAUUGAUUUGGAUGCUCAGAAAGUUCAGUUGCAAAAUAUGCGUGUUUUAAAAGCUGUUUGUAUCUUUGGGUUUGGUGUUAAAACUGACGGUGUGAAAGCUAAGCGAACCAGAACUAAACGAAUCAUUUUAUUUUUUGUUCUGGAUCAUCAAGAGAACUGAACUACAAGUGUGAACACACCCUUAGUGCAGUUAUUCUGAAUUCUGUUUGUCCUAAUUCAGAUUUCAGUUCAGUUAACCACUUCACCUCAUAUUGAGAUCAAAAAUGAACAAAUUCUUAAAUUCUGAAUUUUGCACAGCAUUGUUGUGCGUCUCUACAUCUCUCUCUUCAUGAUGUGAGAGAGCGAGACGUGCAGUUUCUUAUUAACACUCACAGUUUCAUUCAUACCUGUGUAGAGAAGUAGAGAGUAUUAUUACAAUAGAUUAUUUUUCUAGUUUUCAAAUAUUUAUGGUCAUUCAGUAGAAAUGAUUCAUUUUCAUCUUUGAAGAAUUCUUUGAUAAACUAUAGAAAUUUGUCAAAUUAAUUUGUAAAAUGAAUUUCAAUAUAAUGUACCUUUGAAUCGUAAAAGUCACCAGAAAUAUCCAUAAUUCAAAAACAUCACUCCAUGUUGCAUUUUAUAUGAAGACUUUUAUUCGUACCAAUAAUUUGUCAUUGUUGUUAUAUUAUUAUAUUAUAUUAUUACUAUUGCUGUUAUUAUUUUCUUUGCUCCAGUUUUUGAAUCAAUAUUAUUCAUACUAAUAUCAUUCAUACUAACUGCUAUUAUUUAAAUGUGAUAUUUUGGUACCAGCUAUUGGAGUAAACAUUUCCCUUUAAACCUGAAACAUUCCAGUCAGUCUCUGUAAAUCAGUCAUACUGUCAGAAGAGGCAAUAAACUGUCACUAAAUAAUAUUGCUUACAAAUAUUAAAAUUUACAAAUGCUCCAAUGA